AUGUCGAACUACAUAUCCAAUAUGGUCUCCUACCUCCGAUUACCAGUUCUCGCCUCGUCCGGCCUCGCAGUCCUAGGCUCAGGCCUCCUCUACUUCAAGCAAAAUGAGAUAAUCUACCCGCGCGCCAUCCCCCCUGACGCCCGCACCAACGUCCCCCGCCCCUCCCAAUUCGGCCUCACCUCCUCCGAAGAGCUUCUCCUCCCCACCCCCGAUGGCGAAUCCCUCUCCGCCUUCCUCCUCCGUCCCUCCGACUCCUCCCCCCGCUCCAACGUCACCGUCAUCAUGUUCCACGGCAACGCCGGCAACAUCGGCCACCGCCUGCCCAUCGGGAAGAUCCUCGUCGAGGCCGUCGGCUGCCACGUGCUGAUGGUCGAGUAUCGCGGGUACGGGCUCAGCUCCGGCAACCCAAACGAGAAGGGGCUGCAGAUCGAUGCGCAGACGGCGCUAGAUUACGUGAGGCGACGGGCAGAGUUGCGGGGGAGUAAGAUCGUGGUGUACGGGCAGAGUUUGGGGGGCGCGGUGGGGAUUUGGUUGGUGCAGAGGAAUUUAAAGCAUGGGGAUGUGAAGGGGUUGAUUUUGGAGAAUACAUUCUUGAGCAUACGGAAGUUGAUCCCGAGUGCAUUUCCCCCGGCGAGAUAUCUGGCGCCGCUAUGUCACCAGGUCUGGCCAAGUGAGCAGCUAUUACCACAGAUCGAAGACGUGCCCAUCUUGUUCUUGAGUGGGUUACAGGAUGAGAUCGUACCGGCUUCCCAAAUGAAAGCCUUGUUCGAUUCAUGUCGCUCGGAUGCCAAGUCAUGGCGUGAAUUCCCAGGCGGCACGCACAACGACACGGUGGCCCAGCCCAACUAUUUCGAGUCCAUCCAGGAAUGGGCUUUUGACUAUGUGGUGCGGAAUUCCUCAUGA